AUGAGAGCUUUAUUACGAGGGGCCGUGUGCCAUUCAUGUCGCCAUGAGGUACUUAGGUCUUUCAUUGCCGUAUCAGGUGUACCUAUGCCGCGAUAUUCCUCUGCUCUUCGACCCGUUUUCAACUCGAGAACUUUCUCUGCGAUAGGCUCGUUGCGGUCUGAUCGCCCCCCUGUCUCACAACACCCUGAGAUCAACGAGUCACCGGUGGAAGAAAAACCUAAUGAAUUGCAGAGUGAUUCCUCGGCAUCGUCCCACAUUCCAUGGUAUCUCCAGGAAGAAUCACCUCCCACCGAAACUCGUCCAGUAUCUGGAGAUCACAUCCCUGAGAUACCAGAAAAUUCGCCCGAAAUCCUGCCCACCCUCCUCGAAUAUACAUACAAGGAUCUUGGUCUGGAUAGUUUGAAGCUUCAUGACCUGCGAGGCCUCGAAAUCCCCGCCGCUCUGGGAGCCAAUGUUAUCAUGAUCAUCGGCACAGCGCGCAGUGUGAAACAUUUGAAUGUUUCUGCUGAUCGUCUCUGCCGCUGGUUGCGGAGCACGUACAAGCUAAGUCCGUAUGCGGACGGCUUGUUGGGACGCAACGAGCUCAAGAUCAAGCUUCGUCGCAAGGCCAAGCGUGCGCGUGCUGCCAGUGCUGCCGGCGCAUUCAUUGACGAGAAGGACGAUGGGAUUACCACCGGCUGGAUUUGUGUCAAUGCUGGCGUGAUUGACAAGAAUGCACCAAGGGCGGAGCUCAGUGAUAUAGGCUUUGAGGGAUUCGGUCAAGUCGACACGGGCACCAGUGUCGUAGUCCAGAUCUUCACGGAAGAGAAGCGAGCCGAGACUUUCGAACGGGCUGAAAAGAAGCGACUCCAAGAUGCACAGAAUAAUCCUCCAGCUGCUUCUCAAUCUUCGGCUACCGGCAGUUCUCCUUUCGGGCCUAGCGGUCAGAAGCGGUACCUUCAUUCUGCUCAAGAUUUGUCGCCUAACACUAAUACUGACGGAUCAAGUCUGUCUGAUGUUUUGGCUGCCACCUCCGGGUCGCAGAUGAUACGAGGAAAAGACAUGAGCACGGAGUCCUUGCUCAAAAUGUUGGUGAAUCUCCCUCAUGAGAGUGCCCGGAAUGAAUUGGGGACCGGUCCUGAAGAUCGAGAGUCUACACUUUUUCUUCAGCUCCUGUAUGCUAGUUUGCCACCGAGCAUGGCGGAAUCGGAGGUCACCCAUCUACGGCUGAAUCUGUUCUCGAUCGCCGUAUCUCGGCAACACCCGGCGUAUAGCAAGGAGGAGCUGUUCAGCACGUUCUCCGGUCUUCUCAACGAUGGUCAUGACCUUUCAGACGACCUCGCAUUUGAGGUUCUUGCCGCCCUUCUUACCCCGAGGGUAGAGAACUUUCAGCAACCGUCACCGUAUCUCCCGGAAUCGGACAUUGAACUAGCCUUGCAGGUCCUUGAUCGUCUGAGCCUUCGUGGCUCGUUGAUAUCCCUACAACCCCUUCUUCUGGGCAGCCCCCCCCAUAAGUCAGCGUUACGAUCCACGAACAGCAAACGAUGGACUGACUCCCAGCGACAGAAGCUGGCCCGGCUAUCGAAGAUAGUGGCGGCCGCAGAGGUUCCCUUCGACGCGCCGGAGGCUCGCAAACUUAUGGUGACCCUGUUUCGAUGCGAGGAUUAUGAUGGAUUUUGGCCUACCCUGAAAGGGGCUCGGCGCACGCGAGAGGACUACGCCCAACUGUUUCAGCUCCACGCAGAUCUGGGGGACGAACUUCGGGCACGAGACUGUCUCUCGGCGUGGGUGCCCAUGAUGGCCCGGGAACAAAAUCCAAUUGUGCUUCAGGGGCCCCUUGUUAAUUCGUUGAUGCACUGCCUGUUGGUGGCAGAUCCGAAUAUUCACAAUCGCUCAGAGGAUGCCUCUCCCAGCUAUUUCGGGGAGGUUUGGACUCGAUGCCAGAGCGCAUUGGCCCAGGCUGCAGCGCAUGAUGACGCUUGGUAA